AUGCCACCGAAGCAAGACAACGUGCAGAUGCUCCUCGCGGCGGAGCAGAAGCGCAACAAAAUCAUCGCCGACGCCAAGGCGCGAAAGCAGGCGAAGGUGAAGCAGGCAAGGGCGGAUGCGGAGCAGGAGGUGGCCGCGUUCCGGCGGGAGAAGGAGCAGGAGUACGAGCAGUACAGGAUGCAGCAGCUCAGUGUGGCCGACGUGGAGAACGCGGAGUUGGCACGCGGAACAGAACUGCAACUUCACGAGCUCCACGCACUCACGGCGCAGCGCAUGGAUUACGUUGAGAACAUGAUGGCCACACUGAUUCUGCAGUGUUCGGAGCCGUAA